AUGUCCAGAGUUCUGAAAGGCGAUGCUCUUUCUCAAUUCAUUGCCCAUUUUGUGCCUCCUCAAGCCUACUCUUUAGAUACCUUAAUCAAAUUGUCGGUAAGUUGCCGCUGUUAUAAAAAUUUUAGUUUCGAAUUUUCUGGGUUCUCUAUAAAAGCAGUUGAAAAGCUAUUUACUAUACAAUUUUCAGUUCAUAAACAACAGGAUUUGUCAGUCGAUUCAGAACUCGCUAAGAUUAACACGCAUUAGUUUGUCAUUGGGUGGAAAUGAAACGACAUUUGAGGUGUUCUUUGAGCAUCGUAUAUGGAAAUGUAAGUUCCCAUAUACGAUAGUGCAGUAAGCGCCUUAAUUUGGCUAACUUGAUUUGUUUUUUUUGAAGGUGAACCAAAAAGUAUAUACAUCAAUAUCUACGGGUAUAAUAAGCUGGUGCUGACACUGAUCUCAAUGCAUUGCUUGACAAAGAGUAGAGACUCAUUGGAAGCGAGCAUUACAUUACAUCCCAAUGGCCGGACAUUUCAUUUUCUGGACAAUAAAGUCGCUUAUCAGCUUGGACGAACAAUACGAGGUGAGAGGAAUUUGAUGACAAAUUUUUACCUAUGGGUUCUGUAUUUUGAACGAUGACAAAUCGUGUUAGAAAGGUUUCGAUACAUUUUGGCUUACAAGGGAACUACCCCAAGCGCAACGCUCAGAUUUUCUUUAAAUUUUGCCUUUUGGGAAUGGACUAAAUAUCAAUUCCUGAAAGUUUUAGCUCGCGCUUUGCAAGCGCCACCGAGAUAUUGAACGGUAUUUGCCGCCGAGAGAGUACGCUAAAUGCGGAGAGCGGUCAGAGAAAAAAGCGCUUUUUGGCUACAACUUUGCCAGUCAUGUGCGAAAAAAAUUGAUUUUUUGUAGAAACAUUACCCUUUACGGUAGAAAGACGCAUGAAACUUUUUGUGCCGAAAUUCGGCAGAAAGCCUCACAUUUUCGCCGACUUUCGAUUUAAAAAUCUCGGUUGUUUCUGCAAAGCGCGAGCUAGGAUUCUCGCAUAUAUUUUGGAAAAAUUAUUUUAACCUUGUGUCAAGUUUUAUCAAAAUCUGAAUUUGGGGUCCUUUAUAGAUAGGUUUUGUUGAGCGUAGUUUGUUGUAUGGAGAUUUAAAUGUAUUCCCUGUAGUUCAUGAACAAGACUCUUUGCUCGUUAUUUUUAGUGUUUUUCUAUGAACCAACUAAACUACAGCACUUAGACGGCUCACGUAUACAUAAAACAUGUGUUUUCAGAACUGCUUCCCUACGCCAAAAUCAAGCUAGAAGCUCAGACCGGCUACACCCGUCGGACGAUGAUAAUUGGCAGAGUAUUUUGCGAAGAGAUUGCAUCGUUGCUCACGAGCUUUGAAAGCCCUGCAACUGAUGUUUUGUCAAUUUGCGACGCCUCCAACUUGGACAAGUUAUUUGUUAUUCGAUAUGGAAUGUUUUUGAAACCAAAGUUUUGUAAGUAAUAACCAUUCAAAUCGUCAAAAACGCAAUUUAAAUUUUCUACAGAUGCCCCAUUAGUCUUUCAAAUUGGAGCCAAGAAUCUCUGGUGUGAGACCUGGCUCUAUCUCCAUCAUUUUUGUUAUGCUCGGUAAGUUGUUGUGGCUUCUGCUGAGAUUAUAUUUGAAGAUGUGAUGAUAACAAUUUCUUCAGUUUUCCCAUCCAACCCUUGACUGAAAAGAUGGUUUGUGGAAUCAACCUUGAGGUUGACAAGCAUAAAGACUUGUAUCCAAAUGUCUUCAACGAGAUCAAGGAGUCGUUGCCGAAUCUGAACGAGAUCACAAUGUUCAGAGGGAGGGUUGAAGUGGACAAGCCGUAAGUUUGCUAGGCGUUAUAUAGGGGCAUUCCUGAUAGAAAAAGUCGUCAAAAUCUAGUGUGUAAAACUAGUGACAUUAAGUUUGUGGAAGCCCAAAUUAUUAGCAUUUUUUGUCGUUUAGCGGAUAUUUUCAUAGCGGUUUUAGAGGUAAAUUUCAACAGCUCUACAAAGAUUCUAACAGCAAUACAGUCGAAGAGACGGGUGUGUUUUUUCAUACCGUUCUAAUUACCGUCAAAUUUCCGUUAGCAAGCCUGCCUAUAACAAGUUAUUUUCAGGUCCAAAGAAUGAAUAACUGUUAGGCAAAAUAAGGAAAUAUCGCAAUCACAAAAAAUUCGUCUAUAUCCGACUCAAAAAAACUAAAAAUCUGAACAGUAGAUAAAGUUUCAGACACAUCCCACGCGAUCACCGUUACCAACUCGCCAUUGAGAGCAUGUCCUGGCACAUUAACCAGAUUGCCAAUAACUCACAUGUCAUCACCAAGCUUGACAUAAAAUUCCCACUGUACAGGACAGACGACGCUGCCGGAGUGGGAGCGGUUUUGGAGAUAUUUCUACCGGGGCUCACGGAAAUCGAUGAGGAAAAAAAGUCAGCGUUCACAGUCAAAACAUUUGUAUUCUCGAGUAAUUAUACGACCGUAAAGAUUGAAUUGCAGAAAUACAAUUAA